CCUGAAAACUCGGUUCAAAUUGUACAGCAAAAGAAACGCUGUGCACAUUGUAAGGUCGGACGGAGGGACAGGUGAAUGGGAUUGAAAUAUGAAUUUACACCACCUUAUAUGAAAAUAUUUUCAGAUCUCCCUUAAUUGCGGCAAAGAUGGCAUUCUUCAAAAAUAACUUCUGGGGGGAGAAAAAUGGCGGCUUCGACGUGCUGUACCACAACAUGAAGCACGGACACAUCUGCACCAAGGAGCUGGCCGAGUUCGUCCGGGAGAGGGCGGCCAUCGAGGAAACAUACUCCAAGUCCAUGAAUAAACUGGCCAAGAUGGCGGGCAAUGGAAGCACACUUGGGACGUUCGCCCCCAUGUGGGACGUGUUCCGGGUCUCUUCGGACAAGCUGGCCCUCUGCCACCUGGAGCUGACCAAGAAGAUGAGCGACCUCAUCCGCGACAUCAACAAGUACGGCGAGGAGCAGGUCAAAGUUCACCGCAAGACGAAGGAGGAGCAGGGGGGCACCGUAGAGGCAGUGCAGGCCCUCCAGGUGCAGAGCGGACACCUGCAGAAGUCCCGGGAGGCCUACCACGGAAAGUGCGCGGAGCUAGAGCGGCUGCAGAGGGAGGGGGCCCCGCAGAAGGAGCUGGAGAAGAUGGAGAUGAAGGUAAAGAAAGCGGGGGAGUCGUUCGGGGCCUGCGUAGAGAAGUACAACCGCGUAGGCGGAGACUUUGAACUGAAGAUGUGUGACUCUGCUCAGAAGUUCCAGGACAUUGAGGAGACUCACCUGCGGCAGAUGAAGCAGCUGAUCAAGGCCUACUCGCACUCCAUAGAGGACACCCACGUGCAGGUUGGACAGGUGCACGAGGAGUUUAAGCAGAACGUGGAGAACAUCGGGAUCGAGAACCUCAUCCAGAAGUUUGCUGAGCUGAAGGGCACGGGCAAGGACAGGCCAGCUCUGGUGGGCUUCGAGGGGCACAGCUCCGCCCUGGUGCCCGACACGGGGAAGAGGAGCCGGGGGAAGGCCUUCCGUCUGCCUGGCCUGGGCAAGAAGGACAAGGAGCCCGGCUCCACGGAUUCAGCUGUGCCAGAGACUCUGAACUCUCCGGAAGUGGACGAGGAGGGUUUCGUAAUUCGAGCUGACGUCACUGAGAACGGCUCCUCUCUGGACAAAGAGAACAACUUCUACUCCAGCGACUCGGACUUUGACGACGACGAGCCCAAGAAGUUCCGCAUCCAGAUCCGCCCCGUGGGCAGCGGGGGGCGGGGGAGCUCGGCCGCCAACGAGCUGGAGCUGCGGGCCACCGUGGGGGCUCUGACCCUGCCCCCCAACAGAGGGGUCUCUAUGAAGAGGAACCUCUCCCGGAACUCUAGCUGCACAACCGGAGCACGCUCAGAAGGCGAGGGGGACAGCGCCACCCGCAGGGAGGGUGAACAGAACCGACCGCGAAGUUCAACCACCUGCCCCGACCGUGACAGGUUGAGCUCCACAGCAUUGGGUUCAGAGGCACUUUUCGGGCCCCCGCUGGAGUCCACUUUUAAUUCCAGCGGCUUGGCCGAUCCCUCCUUCUCCUCAGAGUCCUCCUCCCCCGAGAACGUGGAGGACUCGGGUCUGGACUCUCCUUCCCAUCAGCCCCUGGGGCCCUCUCCGGAGCCAGCCAGCUGGGCGGCAUGGCCGGCGGCAGCACCACAGAAGAAGAGCGCAGCCCCCCACGGGAGGACCCCGGACCCCUUCCUCUCGGCCUUCCCCGACCCCCCCGCGCCCUGCGACCCAGCAUGCGCCUGGACCCCGGACGCCGCGGUCAGCAUGCCCAAGUUCGGGCCCCCACAGCCCCCUCCGGAGCUGGACCCCACGGUGUGGAGCUGCAGACACAUCCCCCCCGAGGACCCCUUCCUGGCCGCCUUCGAGAGGCCCGGGCCCUGGGCUCCUCCACCGCCCUCCAGGUCCCGGGACCGAGAGCCCCGCCCUUCCUCCUCCUCGUCCUCCUCCUCGGGCGCUCACACGGACAGAGACCCCGGCGCCCCUGUCCUGGAGUCUCCGGAGGACCCCUUCUCCAUCACCAUGAUUGGCAGCCCCACACACCAGGCCGCCCAAUCCGGCUGGAGUUUCCCGCCCUCGGGCUCCGCCCCCCAGCCCAGGAGGGAGCGGGUGCACCGGGGGUCCGUGCGGAACCCCUUCAGCGAGGGGGCGGCGGGGGGGCAGGACCAGGACGGGAAGGAGAGGGGUCCAGAGGAAGAGCCAGUCCAAAAUGGGCUGCCACCCCCACGAUGCUCUGAGCGACAGGACAACCCGAGCAUACGGCCCUACCACUGCACAGUGACCCCCCCUCCCUCCCAGCGUGGGAGCACAGAGCUGGUAGGGCUGGCCCCUCCCAGACCCGCCCGGGCAGCCCGGACCCCGGGGCCCCUGAACGGCACUGAAAGGUCCCGGUCUGUGUGCUCCUCUCCGUUCCCCGACCCCAGUCCUGGUUUUACCACCCCCUCCUCGUCCUCCUCCAGCCCCAGUGAGUGGGCCGGGCGGACCCCCACCCCACGGCCCCCCAGCCCCACCCGGGCAGGCCUGUCUCGGGGGCCCAGCCCCCUCUCCCUCAGCGCCCAGGAGUCCUGGCCCGUGGCUGCAGCUCUAACGGAAUACAUCAACGCCUACUUCAAGGGCGGGGAGCAGAACCGCUGUCUGGUGAAGAUCACAGGCGAUGUCACCAUGUCCUUCCCCGCGGGAAUCACCCGCAUCUUCACUGCCACGCCCAAUACCCCUGUCCUCAGCUUCCGAUUGGUCAACACGGCUCGAGUGGACCAGUUCUUGCCCAAUCAAAAGCUGCUCUUCAGUGACCCCUCUCAGAGUGACCCAGACUGCAGGGAUUACUGGUUCAACAUGCAGACUCUGACCACUCACCUGCAGAGAGAGGCCCAGCUCAACCCUCAGGCCUCGUACCACAACCUGACCGUGCUCAAGUACCAGGUCUCGUCUCAGGACUCAGGCUGUGCUCCUGUGCUGUGCUCAGCGGAGUGUCAGCGUAGCGGGACCGUGACGCGGGUCUCUCUGGAGUACAGCCGCUCCCCCGCCGUGGCCCCGGGGGCCGAUCUGAGCAACGUGCAGGUCCUGCUGCCCCUCCAGCCCUCGGCCACCGACCCCCAGUGCCAGCCCCCCGCGUCCUGGAAUGCUGAGGAACGGCGGUUACUGUGGAAACUGCCCAACCUCUCGCCCACCAAUGGCAAAGGCUCGGGGACGCUGUGCGCCAGCUGGCAGUGUGUGGAGGCCCCCAGGGGCCCGGCCCCCAGCCUGGCCCUGCAUUUUACGGGCUCCGGGGCAGCUCUGUCGGGCCUGGGCGUGGAGCUGGUGGGGGGGCGCUACCGCAUGUCCCUGGUGAAGAAGAGGUUCACCACUGGGAAAUACAUGGCCGGCUGCUCGUUGUGAGCUGACCGGGAUCCUCCACACCUUUCUGGAAUCUUCCGGACGCACUUCUUAUUGCACUUUCAACUGGCGAGGGGGAGGAGCCGUGAACCCAGACACGGAGGGAGCCCUCCCGCCAGCGACCCGCUGAUCUGACCCGUCUGUGUGUAGCCAUGGAGACCGUUCUUCUGACUGGUUCACUGGGAGUCUGUGACUGACAGCGCACCGUGUGUUUAAUAAAGACUCCAACUCCCAGCAUUACUUUCAGGUCCGGGAAGGGGCCCUGGGGAACGCCGUGGUAAAGGCUCCACAGCAGGGCGUGGUCACCUUGCUCACACCGUUUCUGUCAGUCGGAGCGUAUGCACUAACCUGAGAGCGGGGUUUGGUCACCUGACCCUUCAGAACACGGACCAAUCAAAUACAAGACCUCUCCGCUCUGCUUUCUACAGAUGGAAAAUCCAAACCCGUUUUUAUUUGGAGUGCAAGUUACUGUCUUUGUAAGGUCUUUCGUUUGUGCUGUAUGCAAUGUGAAUAGUUUGUGCCUUGAGAUUGAAGACUUUGGACGUAAGAAUUUGACUGAAGAACGUGACCAGGAUGUCUGCCUACCCCUCGUGCAUAUCUGCCAUGGUAUUGCCAUGAAAACUUGAAUUUUAUAUUUAGGAGUCAACAGGGGCUGAUGUACACAUUUCUGGGUUGGAUAUGGAUCUGUGUUAUCAUGAUGUACAGCUAGGAGCAGGAAUUGGUUCAUUAAACUGCCACAUUUUCCUAAA